AAAGAAAAAGUUACAAGCGACGUCAUUCUAACUCCUGCCGCCGUCACACCACUUGUCUAACAUUUUCAUCGGCGCUAAGCCAACGCCAAGCAAAACCAUUUUCUUCGAGGAGCGCAGUCUAAAAAGUAAAACAGAGAUUGCGAAGGAGAAAGUGAGAGGAGGAGAGAGAGAAAACCAUGAAUGCCUCCCACCGUUACGAAAGAUUCGUCGUCGCUGAGGACACCAAGAAGGUUUCUUACGAGAGAGACACCAAGAUAAUCAAUCCGGCGUCGUUCACUAUCGAGAGAGAAUACCACACCAUCGGCAACAUCCUUCGAAUGCAAUUGCACAGAGACGAUAACGUUUUGUUUGCUGGUUACAAGCUCCCUCACGCUCUGCUGUACAAAAUCAUUGUUAGGAUUCACACAACUAGCCAGUCUUCUCCAAUGCAGGCGAUCAACAGAGCGAUCAAUGAUUUGGAUAAAGAACUUGAUCAUCUGAAGAAUGCAUUUGACGUUUCGUAA